ACAUGAGGCUAAACAUAGUGGUUUUGGGUGUAAAUUUGUUAGAAAUAAUAGAAUUGAUUUUGGUAUAGUUCUCAAGAGCCUGUAUUGUAGAACAUGGGAAAUGCUUCAGUGUUGAAGUCGGUAAUAUUUCCACGUUGGAGUAGAGGUAGUAAAGUUUUGACAGGAAAAUGUCCAGCUUGCAUAUUGAAGACAAGAAGUGUUCCAAUUGGAACUUGCUUCUUAAACCGACUUCAUUGAAUGACCUGACUCAAAGUUGGACUCCUCUUAGUGUGUAGACUACAGUGAAGCAAACACCAAGUCUUGGUUUGAUUCUUCUUUGGCAGUAAUUGUGGGGGUAGCCGUUAUAUAUGUGUACGCUAAGUAGAGUUUCAUGAAGAGAGAGAAAAGAUAAGCUUGUAGAGUUAAGCUUAGAGAGAAAAGGCUUGUAUUGUGAAGCUUGUAUAGAAAGGUGUGUUCUCCGUGUAAGCCUACGCAAAGGGCAUUUUGAAUAGAGUACUCUCUCCUUUGGGUAUUUGUGUGCUCCUCUUACCAAAACCUUCAGAAUUUUUGUAUCCUUUUGGUUCCAACAAAAUUAGGAUUGGUAAACACUCGAGCAUGUUGGUGUUAUAGCUCUUCAAUUUUUCUAUUGAUUAGUGUAUUAUAUGAUGCUGGCUCUCUCUCCAUGAACUAGGUACCAACACUUAAGCCAAAUCACGUAAAUCUCUUGUUUUUAUUUAUUCUCUGGUGAUUUCACGUUGAACCGCAUUACUAUUACAAUGCUUUGUAUGGAAUUUUAAGUUUUCUCCUAGUUUUUGCUGGAGUAGCGAGGGGCUUCCUAGUUACUUUAAAUUUUUGCUAGGCCAUAAAGAAACGUUGUAAUCCGAAUGAACUGAAUUUCUUAUAAUCUGCAGAAGACGUUUCUUUCAUCUUAGCCCUCUUCUCAUAGCUCACUUUUUCUUUAUAAACAAUCGUACCGCUCAUCUUUUCCGUUGUUCUAGAGAUAAAAGCCACUCCAUGAAAGAGACUUGCCUUGACGAUCUAUAUCUAAUUAGUAAACUAUCCCUUAUGGUCAAGAAGACUAGGUGGUCAUUGUACCAUUCAACUUUUUCUGGAAACAAAUUUAAACAACGAGUGAAAGUCCAUGCCUCAAGCCGGUCAAAUAAAUGAUCUUGACAAAGUGCAGAGGUUGAAUAUCUCCUGAACGUAAUAAAAGAGAAUUCCCACUUAUAAAUGUAUUGCACUCAGUAACCCUCUCAUCCCCAGUUCCAAGGAGGAGAGGAGCAGAGAUGAGUGCAGCAGAGAAGGUGGUGUGUGUAACCGGAGCGGCCGGUUACAUUGCCUCCUGGCUUGUCAAGUUUUUGCUUCAGCGUGGAUACACGGUCAAAGCAACUGUACGCAAUCCCAAUGAUCCAAAGAAGACACAGCACCUUCUGGAACUUGAAGGGGCUAAGGAGAGACUCUAUAUAUUCAAAGGAGAAUUGCAGGAAGAAGGGUCUUUUGACUCAAUUGUUGACGGGUGUGAAGCUGUUUUUCAUACAGCAUCACCGGUUUUUUUCUCAGCUUCCAAGCCUGAGGCUGACAUAGUCGAUCCUGCAGUUAAAGGUACCCUAAAUGUUCUCAGAUCAUGUGCAAAGGUCCCUUCUAUCAAGAGAGUGGUUUUGACGUCCUCCAUGGCUGCGGUUGUCUGCAAUGGGAAGCCUCUGACCUCUGAUGUGGUAGUUGAUGAGACAUGGUUCUCAGAUCCGGCAUUCUGUAAGGAAUCAAAGCUUUGGUAUGUGCUAUCUAAAACCUUAGCGGAGAAGGCAGCUUGGGAUUUUGCAAGAGAGAAUAGGAUGGACCUGGUCGUGAUAAACCCUGGACAUGUGAUUGGCCCUCUCUUGCAGCCUACCGUCAAUCUCUCUGUGGAGAUGAUACUGAACCUCGUCAAUGGAGCUCGAACAUUUCCCAACAUCUCUUACAAAUUUGUUGAUGUCAGAGAUGUGGCACAUGCACAUAUUCUAGCUCUUGAAAAUCCUUCAGCUUGCAGCAGAUAUUGUAUGGUUGGAGAAGCUAUUCAUUGUCAUGGCGUUUUGAAGAUCCUGCACAACUUUUAUCCUACACUGCACAUCCCUGAAAAAUGUGAAAAUGACGAACCAUUCGAGUUGGCUCCUCGGGUGUCAAGGCAACAGAUUGAAGGUCUGGGUGUGAAGUUCAUUCCUUUGGAGGUCAGCCUAAGAGACACUGUGGAAAGCCUCAAGGAGAAAGGCUUCCUCUGUGUCUGAGCUUCCUGACAAGCGACAAGGAAAACCCUAUACUUCACCAGCAUAUAUACAGUUUCCAUGAACUUAUAGUCAUAAUAAGCUUCCAGUAAAAUUUAAUGCUUCCCUCUUAUUAGACUCCAUCGAAGCAUGCAUGAUGUCUUAUAGUCACUUGCUCAGUGUAAGUUUGCAGACUCUAAACUUGAAAGUUGAUGAUGAACGUUGUUUGUUGAA